AUGAAUAUGAUGAAUAGCUCAGUGAUAACCGAGUUUGUGUUACUGGGUCUCAGCAGUAAUGAGAAACUUGAACUUUUCUUUUUUUUCAUAUUUCUGUUGGCCUACUCAGCAAUUAUGGCAGGAAACCUUCUCAUUGUGGUCACCGUAACCUUUGAUUCUCACCUGCACUCCACACCAAUGUACUUCCUCCUGGGAAAUCUCUCCUUUCUAGACAUGUCUAUUUCAACAAUAACAACCCCAAAGAUGAUCGCAGAUUUUCUCAGGAAGAAUAAAACUAUUUCUUUGUGGGGUUGUAUGGCUCAAAUGUUCUUCCUUCACUUCCUUGGAGGUACUGAAAUGACUCUUCUCAUAAUUAUGGCUGUUGAUCGGUAUGUUGCUAUUUGUAAACCUCUUCACUACACAACCAUCAUGAACCAGCGGGUACUAGUGGGUUCUGUUCUGCUCUCAUGGGCUGUUGGUUUUGUGCAUACCAUGAGUCAGAUGGUUUUUACCAUAACUUUACCCUUCUGUGGUCCCAAUGUAGUGGACAACAUUUUCUGUGACCUUCCUCUAGUUUUAAAGCUUGCCUGCACUGAAACCUAUGUUUUGGAGUUGCUGGUAAUUGCUGACAGUGGACUGUUGUCUUUUAUCUGCUUUGUACUCCUGCUCAUAUCCUACACUAUCAUUCUAAUAACUGUCCGAAAUCGAUCCUCUGGAGGGCUCUCCAAAGCUCUGUCCACAUUGUCUGCUCAUAUUACUGUGGUGACUCUGUUCUUUGGGCCAUGCAUCUUCAUUUAUGCUUGGCCAUUCAGCGGUUUUUCAGUGGACAAAUUUCUUUCUGUGUUUUAUUCAGUUAUUACCCCCCUACUGAACCCCAUUAUUUAUACUCUUAGGAAUCAAGAAAUGAAAGCAGCAAUGAGCAGAUUGAGAACCCAACAUGUCACUUCGAGACAUAUGCUUUAG